AUGAGUGGAUAUACAGUUGUCAUUGUACUAGUUGUUGUUGUUGGUCUUUCAGCAUUAGCAUGGGUAUUUGCACCACAAGAGAAUAGAACCGUAUUCCGAUCAUCGGUAAUAUUAGGUUUAGCAAUGUGUUAUCUCAUGUGGGCGAUUACAUACUUGGCACAGUUACAUCCGUUAGAAGCACCAAGGAGGUCAGACUUGAGACCAGAACAUGUAAAGUGA